GGGAGACAUAUAAAAGCAUAACCAGCUCGUUCGUCUGGUAUAAAGAGCUACAUUAUUGUUGUGCCGUAUCAUGUUCCGCUCUGGGCUAGCUAGGCCUCUGGGCCGACAGGCAGCCUUCAACGCAACAUCUCGUCGAUUCACUCGUCCGACCAACUUGAACCGUUCACGUUUCUUUACCACAGGUCCUGAAGCCGAAGCUUCAAGAUCUCGUCUAGACCGUAUCUUUGCUCGUCUUCCAAAAUUCCUCCACAAAUACGCCACCUCCCUGCGCAAUGCGCCCAUCACCCACAUAACUUCCUUCCUUCUCCUCCAUGAACUGACGGCCAUAAUUCCCCUCGCCGGGCUCUUCCUCACGUUCCACUACACGUCCUACCUCCCUCCCUACUUCUCUGAGGGCAAAUACAUCGCCGAGGGCGUGACGAAAUUCGGGAAUUAUCUGCGGAAGAAGGGGGUGUUGGGGCCUAAUGAGACUAUUUCUGUCGAUCCGGAGACGGGAGAGGUCGUGGAGGGAAGUCUGGGAAAGAGGGUCUUCGAAAGGGUUAGGGAGAGGGUGCAGAAGGUUGAUCCAGAGACGGGAGAGGUAGUUGAAGGGCUCGGGAAGAAGUUAUUUGACAGAUUUCAGCAAAGAAAGGAGGACGUGACUGAGAAAGUGGGGGAGAGGAUACAGACGAAGAGGGCGGUGUGGUGGGGAAGGGGAGAGGGCACAGUGAGGAUCGUCGUGGAGUUGGCCACGGCAUGGGCGGUCACGAAGGCGUUGUUGCCUGCGAGGCUGGUCCUUAGUGUUUGGGCGACGCCGUGGUUUGCGAGGGUGGCUGUCGUCCCGGCGUUGAGAGGAUUUGGGAGGAUGCUGCCGGCGUGGGGAGCGAAGGCGAAGCUCACGGCAGUGCCACCAGUGGCGACGACAGGGGCACAGGCGUUGAGGGGUGUGUGGAAGAACGGAGAUGUGCAGAAGAAUGUUCAGGACGCUAUGAUCAAGAGGAAUAGGGGAUUGUGAAGGGC